AUGGAUUGUUUGGUUCACCCAGUUGCGAUAUUGCGGCGGCGACUUUCAGGUUCGCGGCUUGGUUACCGGCCUAUAUCGGAGGAAGGAUUUGGGAAUUCCGGUAGGCCGGUGACUGUGGUUGUUGGGGAGGAGAAGAGGGAGUUCUUGGUGGAUCCUUUUGUAUUGGAAGAAGACCCUUUUCGGAUCUUGAUGGAAACGAUGAAGAAGGAAAGCAAGGAGGAGAGAAUUUAUGGAACCCAAGAAGAGAAAUCUGUGAUUUUUGUGGAUGUUGAUGCCAUUUUGUUUGAACACAUGUUGUGGUUAAUGUAUAAUGACUGUUCUUCUCUGUUCAAGCUCAACCUUGGGGAUAUUUUAGAUUUCUAUGCUCUAGAUACAUGA